GGGUAAUUUAAUUCCGUUGUACCUUGAUGUGACGUCGUUAACAAUCGACGGAAAGGUUGUUUUUGAACGGGAUGUUUCUGUUUUUAUAAAUAGUAUUUUUCAACCAUGAAUUUGGAGUGGGUUUGUUCACAUUCCUGAAUACUAUGGCCAGCCAAAGAGCGCUACCUCAAAGCAAGGAGAGCCUUCUUCAGAACUACAACAAAAGACUGAAGGAUGAUAUCAGGUCCAUUCUAGACAACCUCACAGAAAUCAUCAAAACUGCAAAGGAGUCUGUUUGUCUGAGCCUUGAUGCACUGGUAACGCCUGCCAGACUGGAGCAUGGAGAACUGGAGCAUGGAGAAUGUCUCGGGUGGCUGGAAUCUUUGGCAAUUUCUCAGACACCACCUGGCAUGUACGUCCUGGACGCUCCCAGUGAUGCCCUGGGCCGUCCGCACCACCCUCUUGUAGGGCCUUCCAGUUGCAGAGUGGUAGAGGAUGAGACACAGGUCUCUCGGGCUACACAGGCUGAGCAGGACCAUUAUGAGAUGCAUGUCAGAGCAGCCAACAUAGUGCGUGCGGGCGAGUCCCUCAUGAAGCUGGUGUCGGACUUGAAGCAGUUCUUGAUCCUCAACGACUUCCCGUCAGUCAAUGAGGCCAUCAGCCUGCAGAACCAGCAGCUGCGCUCGCUGCAGGAGGAGUGCGACAAGAAGCUCACCUCGCUCCGCGACGAGAUCGCCAUCGACCUGUACGAGCUAGAGGAAGAAUAUUACUCCUCCAGGUACAAGUAGGCUCAUACUGUACAGUCGGUGUUCAUUUGGCCUACUUCAUCAUGCCCUAUAGCCCCAACCUAGCCCCUACAUUAUAGCACCUAUUCCCCCUCACCGUCGUGCCUUAUGAAGGGUUGAUCUUACCCCACCACCUCAGUCAUAUCCAUUAGUUCGUUACUGUCUUUGUAUGUUGAGUCAACUUCAUUAGAAUAUCCAAAUGCCGGGUUCAAUAGAUGAUUGAUCUAUCUAUGGUCAAAAAUCAAUUGCAUUACAUUUAACGUGAGCAUCUCAUUUAGUUUAAAGUUAAAUGAAGUUCCUUGUUUGACAUGCCUCUGGAAGUUUUUAUCCUCAUGUAUGAUAGAUUGUAGGUCUCUACAUGGUAAAUGUUACACUCAAUCAUAAGUGUGGAGUUUCUACUGUAUCUGGUUGCUAUAUUCUUCCUCAGUUCUUCGUAAUAGGCUCAUGGAAGUGAUGAAUAAGAGAACAUGCAUAGAGAGGAGGAAAGGGAAAUGUCAGAAAAAUACAUGUUAAAUGCUUUGUAGCAUAUUUCUUGGACUCUUAUGAAGAACAAAAACUAUGAUACAAUCACAAAAUCACUGGAAUAUUACUUAUAUUCAGUAUAUUUAAUUGUUGUUGUUUUUCCUCCAUUCACAUGUCUUUCUAACCCCAAAUAUAAAUGAUGGAUGUAUAGGUCGAUUAACCAUUGUAUAAUCACACCAGCCAUUUGAAGCUUUCUAUGUUAUUCAUUUUCUAUAGAAUGUUUUUUGACUGGAAAGUGCUAGACAUGUCUCAAAUCCAAUCUCUAUGAGGGUUCCAUAAACUUGUUUGAACAGAAUCCAGUAUCUCUACCGAUUCCAUCCCUAGCUAGCCUACAAGAUACCAAGCCAGUAACCGUGCAAACUGUGUUCACAAAGCAUACAUUGUUGCACGAACAUCAACUAUGGCAUUAUGUAUGAAGUCUAUAUCAGUCACCUACAUAGACCCACCCUUAAACCCUUUUAAACUUAGAAAAAUAAACUGGAGACAAAACAA